AUGCAUGGUCGAAGAAUUGACUCGUUUUUAAUCACGGACAACUUGCGACUAGAGAUUAUUCAUGAGUCGAACCCUUAUUACGCUGGAGAGCCUAUUUCUUUGGUAGUCAGAAUUAAACAUCUGGGAACACAGGAUGAAUUGACAAGUCUCAAGAAUGGUAUCAAGAAGCUGCACCAGAAAAUCCAGACGAGUGAGCCGGAUAGCCUCCGAGAGGAACAAAAAGCUACUUGGUCAAUGAAAUCACUGCUGGAUGCGUUCAAGGGAGGUCAGCAAGAGGACGGGGAUGUGUCGCAGGCCGAGAAAGAGGUCGACGAACGACUGCAGGAGCUCAUCUCAAAGCAGCUGCAGUUCCAUAAACCGCUGGAGCUCAUGUCUGGCUAUUGUCAAAUAAGCGGUGUUUUCCAGUUCGAUCCAGAGAUUAUAGACGAGUCCAAGAUGAAGAAUGUGGGCUCAAAGAUGGUUGGAAUCAGCGAUGUGUUAAAGCAGGAAAAUGGAUCGGAUGUCUCUGCUUUCAACGGAUCAGAUAGCUCUUUGGCAAAGUACUACAAUUCCAAACAUAACCCGUUGGCCGUUGGAACCGGCUCCGUGGUUGAUGAACAUGCAGGGUUAAGCGGUGAAGGGAAUGCAGUAUUUGCCUUGGGCCAUAUGGCUGGCGGCGUAGAAUAUGGCAGCGUACCAAUUUUUCUCAUCCCUCAAACACUAUUAUUUUCAGAGAUAACUUUAGAACCUGGGAAAAUGAAAUCAUAUAGGUUCAAGUCUGCCUGCCUACCUCGAGAUCUGGCGCCAUCCUAUAAUAUUUCCAAGAACUUCGCAGUUUCCUAUAAUCUUGAAUUCGGCGUGAGUCGGUUAAUCCACGGAGAAAUUAAACAGCAUGUCAUCCGGGUACCGAUUACUUUGGCGCCUUAUAUCAGCAGUUCAGGCUGCCAACUCACUUCGAGCCUAGAUCACCCGCCAUCGAUAUUUGAACCAGCAGAUGUUAAGGAAAUAAAGCAGAAGCCGCACGCACAAAAGAGGUCCUCUACCACAUCUCUAGGUCACAUCAGCCGAAGAUCUUCCACGUUUAUGACGACUCAAGCAAAGAAUAAUGAUACGGGAGGAGCCAUACGAAAUUUCGUCAGUUUGGUAGAAUCAAACGAAGAUGGUUUUGAAAAUAUAGAUGAUCUAGUCGAUUCCCAGAUCGAAAAGCAGUUCGGGGAGGACAAAGGCGCCAGUGAUGAGCUAUCGAAUAGUUUUAACGAUCAAUCUGAUGAAAGUCUACGGCACUACAUAAGCAAACGAGCCGAGCUAGUGCAGAAUAACGUUUCCCGAUUGGUUUCCUUGUUUGGCAAGGGAGAAACUGGACCUGAAGUGAACUCCAAAUCUGAUGAAAUUCCACAGUUGACCAAUUUGCAAAAAUCUUAUCAAAUAAAUUGGAAUGGACAGCCAAUUACAAAGUUACUUCUGUCGAAACCUUUUUUCACAACUUCGCAGGAUAUUGAUCUCGUCCUAGAGCUGGACUCGAGCUUAUCUUCAAUGCAUAAGGUUAGUGCUGUGAAUGUAUCGCUUGAGUCAUAUGAACUAAUUAAUCGAAACUACGCUGCGGACGCCAACGCCUUGACCAAACCACGGGGUCAUCAAAUAUAUGAGUGCCGCACAAUUUGCUUCGACGAAUGUAGGCGAGUUCCGUUGAAGCUACUAAUCCCACGAAACCCGACGCAUCAAGUACCGAGUCAGUUCAAGACUGAUAUUUUUCAGUUCAAAUGGAUGCUCACAUUGAGAUUCGUCCUUAUCCCAAGAUCAGAGACUUAUUUGGAACGAUUCUAUGAAGAUGCCAAGGGGACUUUAUUACAUGCGAAAGAGACUAUAGAAGGUGAAAGUUUCUUAUGUCACAUACCUCUUAUCAUUCUGCCCACCGCUCAUACUUUCGGCGGUUGGUAA